UCCUCCUGGUAUUGAGCUGUUGCUGUCUCGUCCUCCCGUGGGGGGUUUGAACAAACAGUACGCGUCUCGGAGUCUGGCCGGUUAGAGAGCAGCGCUCCCCCUUUUCCACACCCCCGCUCGCUGCACAGCCGCAGUCCACAGCAAUGCUCCUGUAAAGCCUCUGCUCCGCUUUCCCUGCUCUCCCUCUGUGCUUCAGUAAAGACCCAUCCACCCCCCCGGUGCAACAGUGCUGCAUCUUCAUCUGAUCGGGGCUCCGCACCUGCCGCCAUCGUUAUCAAUAGCCUAUCAUGGAAACACAGCAAGGACGCACUUUUAUCUAGCCUUACGCCGCACCACGGAGUCAAGCAUCUACGGGUUGUGGCGAAGAAGAGGCUAUCGGGACCAUUUCCUCUUGUGGUGGGACGGGGGGCACAAUGAGUGACGCAUACAAGGCGUUGGUCACCCCCAGCUGGCUGACCCCUGACCCCACAGCCUGGUCCAGCAGCGGAGACGGAUUCACGGACAACGCCACCUACUCCCCUCUGGACUCCUUUCCCCCGGUGCCCCCUCUCCUGGUCAACCCCUGGGACAUCUUGCUGUGCUCCUCAGGGACCCUCAUUGCCUGUGAGAACGCCCUGGUGGUGCUGGUGAUCUGGCAGAACCCGUCUCUCCGAGCCCCCAUGUUCCUGCUGAUCGGCAGCCUGGCCCUGGCUGACCUCCUGGCUGGUCUGGGCCUGGUGCUCCACUUCACCUUGGCCUACCUGCUGAGGUCUGACUCGGCCCAGCUGCUGACUGUUGGUCUGGUGGUGGCCUCCUUCUCAGCCUCCGUCUUCAGCCUGCUGGCCAUCACCAUAGACCGUUACCUGUCACUCUACUACGCCCUGACCUACAACUCAGAGCGCACUGCCGCCUUCACCUACACCAUGCUGGUCCUCCUCUGGGGCCUGUCUCUCUGCCUGGGCCUACUUCCCGUCACGGGGGUGAACUGCCUGGCGGAGGAGUCGACAUGCAGCGUGGUGCGCCCGCUGACUAAGAACAACGUGGUGGUGCUGUCCGUAUCCUUCCUCCUGCUGUUCGGCCUCAUGCUGCAGCUGUACGUGCAGAUCUGUAAGAUCGUCAUGCACCACGCCCACCAAAUCGCCUUGCAGCAUCACUUCCUGUCCACCUCGCCCCACUACGUCACCACCAGGAAGGGCGUGUCCACACUGGCCAUCAUCCUGGGAACGUUCGCCGCCUGCUGGAUGCCCUUCACCGUCUACUCCCUCGUCGCCGACUACACGUACCCACCUCUCUACACCUACGCCACCCUGGUGCCCGCCACCUAUAACUCAGUCAUCAACCCAGUGAUCUACGCCUUCAGGAACCAGGAGAUCCAGCAGGCUCUGUGGCUGGUGUGUUGUGGCUGUAUACCGGCCAGGGUGACCCACAGGGCACGGACCCCCAGCCACGUCUGACACAGACCCAGGCCCUGGGAGGGAAGGAGAGAGGUGCCCUGGGCAGAGGAAGGCAGGCAGGCAGGCAGGGCUCAUGCUGGGUCUACUGCAUGGCUCUGUGUCUCCAUGGCUGGGCUGUAUCCAGUGAAGGAUGGAGGCAGCAGCAGGAGAAGGGGAGGUGGAGGGAUAAGUAGAGGCAGAGACAUGCAGUAUAUAUCUUUGAGUAUAGGAUGGAGGAUUUGGUACAAAAGUGUACUGUAUGCCUACUGUACUACUGUCCGACCUUCUCUAUCUUCCGUCUUCCCAGUUUAAAUAUAAAACAACAUCACAUGAUCUGACCGCUGCCACCAUAGGUGUACCAUCCCCCCUCCACACCACCGUUGGGUUUACGUGCCACGAGGUGUUCUGCAGAUGACUGGGAAAGGAUGGUCGCAUGGCGCUGCAGCAAAUGUAGAUUACAUAGUUUUAGCCGCUUUUAAUGAUGUGCGCUUUUUCCCUCCAUAAAAGGAUUGAGAGAUUAUUCUAGACUGUUUAAACUUGUCCCACAAGUUAAAAAGCUCGUGUGUGUGCAAAAAGGCAAUGCAUGUGUCCCAUGGACAGAGAGGGAGAGCGAGAGGAGUAGUGGAGGGAGUGAUGAGCAAAAGGGGGCGAUGAUCAAGAUGCAGACGUUUCCCUACAACGAAGCCGGGCUGCGGCUAGAGCAUCUCAUCUCGCUGCUGCACUCUGAACGUGCUUUGAAAGCUAAACAACCGCGAAAGGCUAAAAAUAGCCCCGGCGCUCUGUGAUCCGCGCGCCCUGCGUCCUCCGCAGACACGGAGUAAAGAAACCAAGCCGAGGAGGAGGAGAGCGGGCGCUUAUCUUCCCUCCCAUCCAUCUUUCAAUCUCCAUCUCUCCCCAUUUCACGUGUGAGAAUGUAUUAUGAUGUUCUGUUUGCUCUACAUCCCGAGGUGACAACAGCCUCCGGAAGAUAAGUACCCUUAUUGCCCUACCCCUUGCGCGUGCCAAAUGCCUUUAGAUUAUGAUAAGACCUAUGGGUUUGAUCUUUUUAUCUCCGUUUUAUCCAGUCGCUUCUUCAUACAUAAACAGCUCAAUUCUCAUAACUAACUCAUUCUGUAUUUUACGCACGUUAAGUAGGCUGACUUCUCUUGAAAGUAGAGGAGAGUGAAAUGUUCCCUCUGCAGACCAAGCAGACAGUUAGACCGUAUGGGAGCUGUUGAAACUGAAUGUAUUGUGGGAUCCUCGCUAUAUGAGCCAAGUUACAAUUACCACCAAGCAUGUUACCAUAUUGGCACUAUGUGUGGGGUGUUUGCGUUUUACGCCAGAUACCCGGGUUUGCUUCCAGCUUUCUCUUUUUGCUACAUUGUUGUCAGAAGUGGGAUGGCGGCCGUGGGGCCAUCGGACUACACAGCCCGAGGUGUAUGAAGCAUAGGACUUUAAUGAAUACCAUUUCCCCUGAUAUUGCAACCAGGUCUCAGACCAUUGUGUAUUAUUCUAUAUGUAAAUCCAAGAUACUCCAUUUUGUGUGAUAUGUUAUGUUUGGUAUGGUUACAAAAGACAGCCUUAACUCAAAGACUGCAAGUUUGAAUAUCAUCACUGACACCUUCAGCAUUUUAGCUAAUUAGCAACUUUUCAACUACUUACUACUUUUUAGCUAAUUUCCAACUACUUAGUAUGUUAGCUAGCCCAUCACCUAAUCCUAACCAUAGCCCUUUUAGUUAACCCUAACCUUAACCCUUUAACCUAACUCCUAAACUUAACCUUAACCACUAGCCUA